UAGUCAGCAACCGAGUCAGCAACUGCAUAUGGCUGGUAGCUCUCCUCCUAAGAAGCUCCUCAUAGAGGCAUGCACUGAAAGACUCAGAAAAUGGCUGUCGGAGAGAUGGAGGAACUCCUAUAAUAUUAGGAGCAUUGAGAUCGAGGAAAGCUUUAUAUUUUCACCAUAUUUGUUUUCUGAGAAUGAUUUGUCUGUAUUUGGUUUCAGACAGGACCCAGAGCAGAAUCAAGAGUACAAUAAAGGAGUUUUUGAUGGCAUUGGAGUGUAUUACUGGGGACAAAUGAAAUACAAAACCAAGCUGCGCAGUACAAAUUUAAAGAAGGUAUUUCGGUAUGUGGAAAGAGCUCCUUUACUAUGCAUCCUUGAUGAGAUCAUUGAACCUCUUGAUUAUUUUCUGCUGAAGCAGCAAAAAUCUUCUCCAGACUCCGACUCAGAUUCAGACACUGAUGAUGAUGAUGAUGAUAAUGAACUCAAGUUGUGAGUACAGUCCAGCAGUCACCAGAAGCUUUAUUCCUUGAGGCUCUCGAGUUUUAUUGUCUUUUGAAAAUGCGACUGGGGUUGUUGGAGACAAAAUGGAGGGAGACCAUUGAAAAGCUAUUACCUACUAACAGCUGCAAAGGUUUUGUUGAGGCAUUUCAAUCAGAGAUAUUAAGAACACUUCGUGGACUUGUUCAAGUAUUCAAGAAAAUAAUGAGCGAAUGCUACAAUGGUGAAACCAAACCACGCUACUUGCAGCUAUGUGAGAGACUGAAACAAAGUACUAAUGAGGAGGAGGCAAUGCAUCUAAUUUUCAUGUACAAUGCUGGGGUUAGAUUUGUGAAGACCCAAUCGGUGCAUUGUAGCAGUCAUGGUAGUAUGGCAAUGGAAGUGGCAUGGUUUGCAGACAUGACUGGAUCAGAAAUGUGUAAGGAGAGAGUGAAU